GUAUUACGUGCCUGGACUUGAGCCUAGUCAAGCAUCAUGUGAAUCUGCUCAGCCGAAGAUCCCCAGGCCGUCCCGCUACUUCAAGAACAGCUGUUGCAAGUAUGGCUCAGCAUGCAAAUUCUCCCAUGAUCUGCCUUCCACAAAUGGAAAUAAGACACAUAAUUCUAAAGGACGAUCACGCCAACCUGAGGAGACUCCUGAGCAACAACAAGCUAGAGUGGAUUACAAUGCAUGGCGCCGACUCAUCAAAGUUACACCUAUUAGAAACGAUAAGAGAACAAUGGAACAGCUUUGGAGUAGUGGCCUUGCCAUCUUGAGUGGCGACAAUCUAGAAUGGCAGCAAAUGUUGCCACGCGAUUUGGACAGCGACGACUAUCGAGGCCGGGAACAUAUCAAGGCCUUGCUGGAGCUGCAAUCAAGCCCAGGAAAAGAGCAGGAACUCGUUCUUAUCGUGUGUUCGUUUCUCUCUGUCAUCACUCAUCGGGCUUUCUUGGACUGCCUCUCCGUUGAUACCUCUGUCGGAGCACUCUACAAUUUCGUGAGUGGCACAAAUGGAAACCGCGCUAUUCCUUUCUUCCAACAUCUUUCUCAAACACUCGUAGAGUCCCACCUCACAUCCGCCAACUCUUCAAAAAUGAUUCAGAAUACUUUGCAGACCAUGCCAGUUGCACUUCGAGAACUUGUUAGAAGAGAGCCUCGCGCUCGAUUCAACGAAAACAUCACGUCUUUACUCGAUUUGAUGGAAGAAGCGACUAAAGUAAUCGUUGGAGAUACCCGGGAUUUGAUCAUGCCGAUCACGCUAGGUCGGAUCAAUGAGAUACGAGCUGUUGUCGCACGAACAAAUGGACUCCUUGCGCAAGAAGAAAAUAAUGUGCAUGCAGAAACGGUCACCAAGUCGACAUAUCCUCGCAAUCUGGUAAUGCCACAAGAUCGUCACGACAACGACAAGCCUGAUAUUGUUAAUAUCAAGAUCUUUCCAACUUCUGAGGAAAUCAUGAGCGAUGCAAUCGACUUUUUGCCAUCGACCAAUCUCGACCAGCCUCACUUCCUUCAAGACAAGGUUGAGAGACAUAUUGACACAUUCUUUCAUCUUCUUCGUCACGAUACUUUCGGAGAACUGAAAACGGCUCUAAGAUUGUUCUUGCACACUAUACAAAACGAUCCGGCUUGUAUCAACAAUCCAAAGCUCAGUCUUGGAGAUUUUCGGGCUUUCCACUACCCGGAUGCAUACAUCAGCUAUAUCUCAUUCGACCGUCGUCAUGGUCUCGAAAUAAGUAUAUCAUUCAAAUAA